UCGCCGCCCUGCUAGCUAUCUAUUGUCUAUUACAUUGUUACUAUUCUUACCACCUCCAUCCUCUUCUCCGCUCGCUCGCGUACCCGUCAAUUCGACGGCCGUACCCUGAAGUUUUCACUGGCAUCUUUUAAAUGAAAUAAGGGCGGGCUGAGCGAUCACGAUGGCAUCAACCGAGAACGUGCCACCCGCGGCUCCUGACGCUCCCGAGCCUAGCGAAUCAGCAGCAGCAGCUACAACAGCGGCAGACAAGUCCUCUCAAUCGCACAACGAUGAGAGCGCAGUCGAGGAUGCCUCUGUGCAGAACACCAGCGCCGACCACCCCGACUCUCUCCCGCCCAAGCCAACCUCUGCCGAAGCGAUGGGUGACAAUGCCACCGCGCCAGAACCCGAACCAGCUCCAGAACCGGCAGCUGAACCAAAGACCGGCGAGGAGCCCGCUGCAGUGGCCGUCACAGAAGGCGAGACGACUGACCAGUCCGGCAAGGAGGAAGACAAGAGCGACGGCGGGCCAGAACUCGCGAUCACGUUAUUGUUGACCACGGGCGCUCGGCAUCCAUUCAAGAUCGAUGGGAAGUAUUUACGGCGCCGCAGUGUGAAUGUGGAGAAUGAUGAUCCGUUCAAUCUAAGCGUGUAUACGCUGAAGGAGUUGAUAUGGCGAGAGUGGCGGCCAGAAUGGGAACCGCGGCCGACGUCGCCGAGCUAUAUUAGGCUGAUAUCGUUUGGAAAGUUGUUGGAUGAUAAGUCGCCGCUGACAGAAUCGAGUUUGACUACCGAUACCCCCAAUGUCAUCCAUAUGACCGUCAAGCCGCAGGAAGUCGCGGACGAGGAAGACACCAAAGGCGGCAAGUCAUACUCGGGUCGAGACCGGGAUGCAUCAGAACGGAGCCCGAGUUGUCGCUGCGUUAUCUUAUGAUAGCAUCACAUCACUGGAUACUGAUACUCAUUCACUUUGACAAGAACACCUCUCCUUAAGCACCCUACCUCCCUCGUCUUGUUUCAUUCUAUCCAUGAUAUACCCUUGUCUUUUUCUUACAAUUUCAACAACGUUCAUCACACAUCCCCGCAUCACUUUGUCGAGAAUGGACCAUUGACCAUUCUCCUCUCUCGUCUGUCAUGUUACUGUCCUUCAUUUGGUGUAAGGUAAAUCGGCGUUAUAUCCAUUCUUAUUCACUAUCAUAUGGUUUUCUCCUUUUGACAGGGUUACUUAUAUCGUUCAUCUGGUCAUGACAGUUACAU